AUGGAUCAAAAACGCAUGUCCCCGAUGUAUGCGAAUUAUGAGGAUUUGCGGGCAUCCGAAUUGCCCAGUGGCAGUUCCAAUACAACAAUGAUCACCAUUAUGCCAGACCAACAGCAUCAGCAACAGCAACAACAACAACAACCGUUGCAGCAACAAAUCCACAAUCAUCAUCAAGAAGAGGGAACAAGAAGAGAUCCCGGCCCACCACAAUACAGAGGAUUCAAGACAUCUGAAAAUGAGCCUUUGGGCUGCAUGGAAUGGAUUGUCACAGUGCUGUCGAUAUUGGUGUUCAUCGUCACCUGCCCCAUUUCGAUCUUCAUCUGCUUCAAGGUGGUGGCCGAAUACGAGCGUGCGAUCAUUUUUCGACUGGGUCGAUUAUCGGGAGGCGCACGUGGUCCCGGCAUGUUCUUCAUUCUGCCCUGCAUCGAUGAGUAUCGCAAAGUGGAUUUGCGUACCGUCACCUUCAAUGUGCCGCAACAGGAGAUGCUCACGAAGGAUUCGGUGACGGUGACCGUCGAUGCGGUCGUCUAUUAUCGCAUCAGCGAUCCGCUCUAUGCGAUUGUCCGUGUCGAGGACUACAGCAUGUCCACUCGCUUGCUGGCGGCGACCACGUUGCGCAACAUUGUCGGCACACGCAAUCUCACUGAACUGCUGACCGAGCGCGAGACGCUCGCCCAUCACAUGCAGAUCACGCUGGACGAGGCCACCGAACCCUGGGGCGUUAUGGUCGAGCGUGUCGAAAUCAAGGAUGUCUCGCUGCCCGUUUCCAUGCAACGCGCCAUGGCCGCCGAGGCGGAGGCAGCACGUGAUGCACGAGCCAAAGUAAUUGCUGCCGAGGGUGAAAAGAAAUCGGCCACCGCACUCAAGGAAGCCUCCGAUGUCAUCUCCUCCAGUCCCUCAGCACUUCAGCUUCGUUAUUUACAAACACUGAGCAGCAUUUCGGCGGAGAAGAACUCCACAAUUGUGUUCCCGCUGCCCAUGGAGCUGCUUACACCGUAUCUGGCCAAAUACAUGCCAAUGAUGCAGUUGCCUCCAAAGUCGGAUCUGCCAACGGAUCAGCCAGCUCCAUCAUACUCUCAAUCAUCCAUGCUAUAAAAUUACGUAUAUAAAACGUAUAUACAAGCAUGAUACUUUCAUUAUAUGUGCUUUUAAUAUGUAUGUGUGUACAUACAUGUAUGUAUUUAUGGGGGGAAAUUACCAGAGUAUUAUGUGUCUAUUAGUACAGCUGCAUUUCUUUUUCUGUACAUUUUUUUGUUUCUUCGUAUUGUAUUCUUUUUGUUUUAUGUGAAUAUUGCAAAAUAAAUGUACUUGUAUCAUCA